UAUUUGCUCUCUCUUCUCUUCUAUUUAUAGUAUAUACAGUAUAAAAGAAAAAGAAUUUCGAAUAUUUCAGAUAUUUCAAAAGAAGGCCACAAAGUGCCUAGUUCGGCGUGUAGAGUGGUGUACCUUCCCACUGUGUGCUUAUUUCGGAUGGAAUGACACCCAGUGUGCAUGCGCUGUCUGUAUCUGCUCUCCCGCCACUGUGCUGUUAUUCUCAGAUUAUUCUCUGUUUAUUUGCCAUAUGCCUUACAUGGUUUAUUAAAACAAAAGUGCUUGGUACUGCUCCACACAGCUUUCUUCUGUCCAGUUCUCUCAGAAUGCAUUUUGUUCAUAUAUUGUUGGGUGUGGAUAACGAGAUCCAGAAUGCCAAGCAAUGGAUGAUGUCUAAAGUGCCAAAAUAAUAAGUGCCAGCCUUUAUGAUGGAAAGUCGGCUAUAUAAGGACAGCCUGUAUUAAAUAACAAGUUUUCACAUGUCUAUGCCUUCCAGGAAAAAACAGCUUAGACCGAUUAUUAAAGACAUGUCAAAUUAAAAUUAGGAUAUAUGAUGCUUUCAACCCGUUAGA